GGAAGUCACGUGUGCACACGGGCUCACAUGACUGGCGGCGCGAUGGACCCGCUGCCCGCGGCGCCAGUCGGGGCGGCAGCUGAGGCGGAGGCUGACGAGGAGGCGGAUCCCCCGGCGGCAGACUUGCCAAGGCCCCAGGUCCUGGAGCAGAGGGACCCAGAUCCCACGCGAAUGCAAAUGCCUCAGGGGAACCCGCUGCUGCUGUCCUACUCCCUGCAGGACCUGCUGGCCAGGGACACGGUGCAGGUGGAGCUCGUCCCCGAGAAGAAGGGCCUCUUCCUGAAGCAUGUGGAGUACGAGGUUUCCAGCCAGCGCUUCCAGGCCUCCGUGUACAGACGGUACAAUGACUUUGUGGUCUUCCACGAGGUGCUGCUGCACAAGUUCCCGUACCGCAUGGUGCCGGCCCUGCCACCCAAGAGGAUGCUGGGAGCCGACAGGGAGUUCAUCGAGGGCCGCCGGAGGGCCCUGAAGCGCUUCCUCAACCUGGUGGCCCGGCACCCGCCGCUCUGCGAGGACGGCCUCCUGCAGCUCUUCCUGUGCUUCGGCGGCCCUGAUGUGCAGAACAAGCUCAAGGGGUCUGUUCAGUGCCUUGGAGACGAGUUCAUGAGCUGUGAGCUGGCGGCCAGGGCGAAGGACUUCCUCCCAGCUGACAUCCACGCGCAGUUUGCCGUCAGCCGGGAGCUCAUCCGGAACAUCUACAACAGCUUCCACAAGCUGCGUGACCGGGCCGAGCGGAUGGCGGCCCGCGCCGUGGACAACGCCGCCGACCUCCUCAUCUUCGGGAAGGAGUUGAGUGCCUUAGGCUCUGACACCACGCCGCUGCCCUCCUGGGCCGCCCUGCACAGCAGCACGUGGGGCUCCCUGAAGCAGGCGCUGAAGGGGCUGUCUGUGGAGUUCACACUGCUCGCCGACAAGGCUGCGCGGCAGGGCAAGCAGGAAGAGAACGAUGUGGUGGAGAAAUUAAACCUUUUCCUGGACUUGCUGCAGUCCUAUAAGGACCUGUGCGAGCGGCACGAGAAGGGCGUGCUGCACAAGCACCAGCGGGCGCUGCACAAGUACAGCCUGACGAGGAGGCAGAUGAUGAGCGCCACGGCGCAGAGCCGCGAGCCCGAGGCCGUGCAGCAGCUGGAGUCCCGCAUCGUGGAGCAAGAGAGCGCCAUCCAGACCAUGGAGCUGAGGAACUACUUCUCCCUGUACUGCCUGCACCAGGAGACGCAGCUGGUGCACGUCUACCUGCCCCUCACCUCCCACAUCCUCGGGGCCUUCGUGAACUCCCAGAUCCAGGGCCACAAGGAGAUGAGCAAAGUGUGGAACGAGCUGGCGCCCAAGCUGAGCUGCCUCUUUGCCGGGCCGCACGGUGCUACGGCCGCCACCGCCGGGGGUCCCGCAGGCCGGCUGUGCCCUCACUAGUGCCCGAGGCCCCGGCCAGCUCCUGCGGCCUCACCAAAGCCUCUUUCCACACGCGUGUCCCUGGCUCGUUCCCUCUGGACUGCAGCCCCUGGUGCUCCUGGGGGCCUGGUGCUCCUGAGGCCAGGAAGUCUGGAUGUGCCCUCACGGCCUGUCCUGCCAGCCUGCGGGGAGGAGCCCGCGGGUUCCCAGCUGCUGACUGGGGGAAGCAAGGAUCGCGUUCCCACGGCAGUGCCUUGGGGGACUGGGGACUCCUGCAUGGGACACUGGGAGGGGGUCAGCCACAGGGCAGGACCGCCGCCGCAGCGUGUGCUGGGCGAGCUCUCAGAGCUGUGGGGCCACUGCCAGCGUCUGCAGACACUCUAGGCUCUGGGGGGUGGGGGCAGGGACCCUUGCUGCACCAGUGCUACAGGGCACGGACCUGGUGUCAGGUGCCCCGACUGCCCCUCCACACACGCAGACCUCCAGACCCCGCGUGCCUCGUGGUCUGGGUGUGGAGGACGUGGCUCUGAGACCUGGAAACCGUGUGAACGGGGCUUCUGUCCAUCCAGGGCUGGUCACCCAGUGCCGGAGCCCACACCGCGGGCCCCGAGCCUGCUGGGGCAGGGAAGUGUUACAGGGGUUCACCCCCUUCCAAGGCCACGAGGCCCUGGCCCAGCCGCCCCCAGGGGCAGGUGAAGGAGGCUCUUCUGCUUUGUGGGGUCAGAGGUCACGGAGGCCCAGUGUGCCGCUGCCUGAGUCUCCUGGUGGGAACCGUGCGGGGCCUCCCGGUGCCCAGUGUUCUGGGGCGGGGGGAGAUGCUAGGGGAGGACUUGCCUGGAUGACAGCCCCUCUGUAGUCCUCCUCCCAGGGGCAUGGCCAGGGCUGUGCUCCCAGCCUGAGGUAGGGCUGCACCGGGCCCCUGUGCAGUGCAGGCGGCCAUCCUUGGGGCCAGCUGGCUCAUGUCCCCGGGCUGGGAGAGUCGGGUCUCUGGCCAUGGUGGGCCCUGUGGGUCUGUGCCUUCCUGCCUGGGGUGGCUGGUGCCUGCAUUUGGAACCACUGGCCCCACCCAAGUCACAGCCACUUGUGCCUCGGAACCCUCCCCCAGGCGUAGAAGCAAGCACUCAGCUGCCCAGGGGACUCAGGCCCAGCGCCUGAGCUGGAGUGCGUGCCCCCUGGUCUGCUGUGGACCCUACAGACUUGUCACUGCUCCCCGCCCAGGUGGGGGGGGGACAGGGGCCUCCAGGGCAGGCGCUGUCAGCACAGCGGCCAAGGGGACCCCAGUACCAAGGCUUCAGAAUAAACUGAAAAGAACUUGACCGACAGGGACCUGGCGCGUGACUCGCGAGGUCUCCCUGCAGGCCUUCGGGGCCCUGCGCUGUCUCCCCGGCUGAGGCAGGGGUGCUGGGGCCCCACAGCUGGCAGAGGGGGAGCCUCCUACCCUGGUCACCCACCUUCCCCCAGGCGUGAGCCAGCAGCAGGUCAGCGGGGUGGGACCUGCUGGGCACGGCAGGCAGGGGCUGCCGCCUUCUGGCCCUGCCUGGUUUUCCUGGGAGAGGGAGAUGGCACCUGCCGCUCAGCCCGUGUCCCGGCCCAAGGUGGCAGAGUGGGUGUCUCCCCAGUGCCAGGCCGAGUGAGGGUGACCUGCCGUGUGGUGGCAGUGGGCGCCACGCGGUCCCUGGCCAGGCUUGCUGUGCGUCUAAGGCUUCUCCCUUCCUACGGGAGCGAGGUUUUCGUAGGAGGCACUUUGAGGCUGUGGGAAUCAAUUACUGCGACCUGCAAUAAACUGGAAGCGUUUACAGAUGGCUUAUGUGCCGCAGUCCCUACCCCCAACUUCCACGAGCGGUCAUUAAACUCAUGGACGCAAGCUGGG